CAGCAUCAGUCAACGCACCAUCAGUCUUUGAGAUCGUUCGUCGCACGCAAACCCAAAACUCAACAAAUCAAAAUGAAAUUCCUCGUCUGCUUGGCUCUCUUCAUCGCCGCCGCCCAGGCUCAUGUUGUGGCACCCGCUGUGGCCACUUACUCCGCUGUUCCGGCCCUGACCUACGCCGCCGCCGCUCCUGUGACCACCUACUCGGCCGCCAUUCCCCGCGCAUACUCCGCCUACGCCGCCCCCUCCGUUUACGCCGCUCCAUCCGUCUAUGCCGCCCCCUCCGUCUACUCCUCAUCCUAUGUGGCCGCGCCCUCCGUGUAUUCCGCCUACGCUGCCCCCGCCGUCGUCUCCACUCUGCUCAAGAAGUAAACUGCUCCGAUCGAUCCAAUGAUAUGCCACCCACUUUGUCAAUGAUUUUGAACCAUAAUAAAUAAAAAAAUUUGAUUUCAAGCAAGCAUUGAAAAUGACUCGUAUAUCUAUUGUAUAUAUAGGGUAAUAUAUAAGG